AUGGCCGCCUUUGUGCGCGUUUCAGGCCCGGCAAAUGGCAAUUUUCUCAUCGGAUACCCUGGCAUCUCGGCCACAAUGCCCCGAAUCGAAGGUAAGGUCGAGAUUCGUCCGAGUGUCGGCAUCUCGGCCCCAGUCAACGUCUCCCUCGUCACCAUAUCCCUUCUCCGGCGCGAGACCAUUCACCCCUCGGCGGAUUCCGUCACCAAAAAGCGCCUUGCUCCUCCCCGCAAAGAAAUUACAGAUAUAGUCGGCAAGGAGAUGCUGCUCUUUCGCUGCCCCGCGGGCAAGGAAUAUGAGGAGGUCAUCGCCAUGGACCUGCCCUUUGUCCUUUUCAUCCCAUUUGGGCGCGGCGGCCGAGAUGCCUCACGUCGGGUACCACCAGCGAGUCUCCAGCUCCCCAGCCGAACCGCGGAAACCUACUACGAAAUGCUGGUCAUGGUCCAGCAAGGACAAUCCGACCAACGAAAAUAUACCUUCCCCGUUCCCAUCGCCCGUUACGAUACCCUCUCCACCUUUGGCAUGUAUAACCGCCCCGAGUCCGCAGAACGGGUCUCGGACCACCUCGUCACACUUGCAAUCUCCCUACCGCGAUGGUCCUACGGUCCCUUGGACCCAGUCAGCGUCUAUGUGAAAUUAUCACCCAAUCAGGACUGGAUGGGGAAGGCUCGCAAAGUCACCAUCAACAAGAUUACUAUCGGCAUCGACGAAGAAAUCAUCUACAACCACGAGGGCGACGAGCCCCAGCGCAAGGUCAAGAAUCUGGCCAAGAAAACAGACACUAUUGGCGUCAAAUUACCCCAAUCAGGCUAUCUCACGAAUCUGGGAUUGGUGUUUCCCGCGAAGGAUAUGCGAGACUCAGAGGGGAUCUUGCCACGCAGUCGAGCCGCUUUCCCCAUGUACGGGGUGAGCGGUUUUACAACUACCGCGAGCCUUUAUAAAAUUGAGUAUUAUCUGACAGUGCGGGCUCAUCUAACGUCCGCACGGGACAUUACCAUACGACAACCGAUUGUAGUCUGCCCGCUGGACCAUGCGGGUUGCAAAGAAGAGAUGGAAGCCAUCGAACAAGCGGCGCGCGAUGCCGCCCACGUCAACCCAGAUAAUCCAAUGCUUCCUCUUCCAUCUAUCGUGCGACCCAACGAUCCCAAUGCUCUUAGUCACCUCGGUGUUGCUAUGGUUGGGAACCAAAAGAAGCCACUGAUCGACUGA